GUUCAUUCAAAAAGGUAAACCAAGCCUAAAGAUUAUUAUUUAUGAUAUGAUCCCUCAAUGCAGAAAAAGCCUGUUGAGUUUUUAAAUUCCACAACACAAAGUUGGCCAACAACCUCCCAUAUUAACUUCUUUCUUGCCUUUGUUGAUACCCACAAAUAUUUGCUUCAAGCACUAUAAAAAAUGGCUUUGGAGUACACCAAAUUUCUCCUUUGUAGAAAAACCCAAUGGAAAUCACUACUCAAUUCGGCUUUGUGGUUUUAGCUUUCAUCUCUUUCUUUUCAUCUCUUUCUUAUUCUUUGCCUCUUUCGACAAACGGGAGAUGGAUUGUCGACUCCGCCACCGGGCGUCGAGUGAAGCUUGUGUGCGUGAAUUGGCCUUCUCACACGCAAAGCAUGUUAAUCGAAGGCCUUGAUCGCAGACCAUUGAAAGACCUAGCAAAUGAGGUAGUGCGAUUGAGGUUUAAUUGCGUGAGGCUCACAUAUGCAACUCACAUGUUUACUCGAUAUGCUAAUAGGACAGUUGAAGAGAAUUUUGACCUUCUUGAUUUGAGAGCUGCUAAGGUGGGGUUGGCUUUCCAUAAUCCGUUUGUAUUGAAUAUGACCAUUUUUGAAGCUUAUGAAGCUGUGGUUGAUGUGCUCGGGACCAGUGGUUUGAUGGUUAUAGCUGACAAUCAUAUUAGCCAACCAAGAUGGUGUUGCUCUCUUGAGGAUGGAAAUGGUUUCUUUGGAGAUCGAUAUUUCGACACGGAAGAAUGGUUGGAAGGUCUUCGUUUGGUUGCCAGACGAUUCUACAACAAAUCAGCAGUGGUAGCCAUGAGCCUACGUAAUGAACUCCGAGGAGCAAGCUCAAAAUCGAAAGAUUGGAACAAGUACAUAACACAAGGAGCAACAACAAUCCACAACAUAAACCCAAAGAUCUUGGUAAUCAUUUCCGGUCUAAACUUCGACAACGAUCUAAGAUGCCAAAGGCAAUACCCCUUGCAACUAAACAACCUACACAACAAGCUAGUAUUUGAAGUACACUUAUAUUCCUUUAGUGGAGAAUCCCAAUCAAAGUUCAUCCAUAACCCACUCAACAAAAUUUGCUCAAAGGUCAUCAAUGGGUUUGUGGAGAGAGCUGAGUUUGUGAUGGAAGGAGCUGAGGCAGUUCCUUUGUUUGUGAGUGAAUUUGGGUUGGACCAAAGGGGAGUUAAUGAGGCUGAUGAUAGGUUUUUGAGUUGCUUUAGUGCUCAUCUUGUUGAGAAAGAUUUGGAUUGGGCAUUAUGGGGUUGGCAAGGGAGCUAUUAUUAUAGACAGGGUAAAGUAGGACCUGAAGAAGUGUUUGGAGUUUUGAAUUACAAUUGGAGUGAUGUUAGAAACCCUCAUUUUUCUCAGAUGUUUCAACUCUUGCAAACCAUGUUACAAGAUCCAAAUUCCAAUUCCUCAAACACUUACGUGAUGUAUCAUCCACAAAGUGGGCAAUGUGUCCUAGUGCAAGACAUGAAACAUAUGCAAAUUUAUCUCAACGAUUGUUCAAAUGCAAGCCAUUGGAGUUAUGAAGGAGAUGGAACUCCAAUAAUGUUGGCAUCCACUAAUUUUUGUCUAAAAGCCAGUGGAGAUGGGCUUCCACCAUCACUCUCAAGGGAUUGUUUUGGUGAACAAAGUGUUUGGACAGCCAUUUCAGAUUCUAAGCUUCAUUUGGCCACACUAACAAAGCAAGGCAAUAACGGUAUGUGUUUAGAGAAAGAGAGCUCAAAUUCUAGUAGGAUUUUGAUGAGGAGUUGCGUUUGUGUUGGUAAUGAUUCAAAUUGUUUACAAGAUACUCAAGCUCAAUGGUUUCAACUUGUUGUUACAAAUACUUUGUAAAUUGUUCACAUGGGGAGAUGAAAUGGUGAAAUAAGAAAGUGGGAUUAUUUAGUUUCAAUUAUUUGUUUCAUGA